CAGAAGCAAAGAGGAUUCUGGAAAGGUCUCUGUGUUUUCUUUUCCACUGAGAAUGCAGAAAUUGUAAUUAAUUUGCAAACCUUUGUGGGCAGAAAUCUGGAUAAUUUUAGGAGGAGGCAUAUUAUAUUAUCAUAUCAUUUUUGGAUGCUGGGCUUUGCUGUGAUUUGUUGUUCUCUUUUCAUCAGGACAUUCUUAUGCAAGAGGCUAAACGUAAUUAAAUUUGCAGGAUGAAAAGAUGGCACAGGCAUUGCUGGUACCACCAGGACCUGACAGCUUCUGCUAUUUUACUAGAGAAUCUCUCGCAGCUAUUGAAAAGCGUGCCGCAGAAGAAAAAGCUAAAAAACCCAAACAAGAUCAUACAGACAAUGAUGAUGAAGAUGGCCCAAAGCCAAAUAGUGACUUGGAGGCAGGAAAGACACUGCCAUUUAUUUAUGGGGACAUACCUCCGGGAAUGGUGUCCGAGCCCUUGGAGGACCUGGACCCAUAUUAUAUCAAUAAAAAAACAUUCAUAGUACUGAAUAAAGGAAAGACAAUUUUCCGAUUCAGUGCCACAUCUGCCUUGUACAUUUUAACUCCUGUCAACCCCGUUAGAAAAAUUGCUAUUAAGAUUUUGGUACAUUCAUUGUUCAGCAUGCUUAUUAUGUGCACUAUUUUGACCAACUGUGUAUUUAUGACCAUGAGUAACCCUCCGGAGUGGACAAAGAAUGUAGAGUACACAUUCACUGGAAUUUAUACCUUUGAAUCGCUUAUAAAAAUUCUUGCAAGGGGCUUCUGUUUAGAAGGUUUUACUUUCCUUCGUGACCCAUGGAAUUGGCUUGACUUCAGUGUCAUUUUGAUGGCGUAUGUAACAGAAUUUGUAAACCUAGGCAAUGUUUCAGCUCUUCGAACUUUCAGAGUAUUGAGAGCUUUGAAAACUAUUUCUGUAAUCCCAGGCUUGAAGACUAUUGUAGGAGCCCUAAUUCAGUCUGUGAAGAAGCUCUCAGAUGUAAUGAUCCUGACUGUGUUUUGUCUGAGUGUAUUUGCACUAAUAGGGCUGCAGCUGUUCAUGGGCAACUUGAGGCAUAAAUGCUUGCAGUGGCCUCCAGACAAUUCCACUUUUGAAGUAAACAUUACUUCCUACUUGAAUAGCACAAUGGACGUAAAUGGUACCUUUGUUAAUACAACUGUGAGCACGUUUAACUGGAAGGAAUACAUUGAGGAUGAAACUCAUUUUUACGUUUUGGAAGGACAAAGAGAUGCCCUACUUUGUGGUAAUAGCUCUGAUGCAGGUCAAUGUCCAGAAGGAUAUAUGUGUGUGAAAGCUGGUAGAAAUCCCAACUAUGGCUACACGAGCUUUGACACAUUCAGCUGGGCAUUCUUGUCACUCUUUCGGCUGAUGACUCAGGACUUCUGGGAAAAUCUUUAUCAGUUGACGCUACGAGCUGCUGGAAAAACAUACAUGAUAUUUUUUGUUCUGGUGAUUUUUUUGGGCUCUUUCUAUCUGGUGAAUUUGAUCCUGGCUGUGGUUGCCAUGGCCUAUGAAGAACAGAAUCAAGCAACACUGGAAGAAGCAGAGCAGAAAGAGGCAGAAUUUCAGCAGAUGCUUGAACAGCUAAAAAAACAACAAGAAGAAGCUCAGGCAACAGCAGCAGUAGCAGCAGCGUCUGUUGCGUCAAGAGAUUUGAGUGGAGUAGGAGGACUAGGGGAGCUCUUGGAAAGUUCCUCAGAAGCAUCAAAGUUGAGCUCAAAGAGUGCUAAAGAAAGGAGAAACAGAAGGAAGAAAAGAAGACAGAAGGAACUGUCUGAAGCAGAGGACAAGGGAGAUGUUGAAAAGUUCCCUAAAUCUGAAUCAGAGGACAGUAUCAGAAGGAAAAGUUUCCGAUUCUCGAUGGAAGCGAAUCGACUGACAUAUGAAAAGAGGUUCACUUCCCCCCACCAGUCUUUGCUGAGUAUUCGUGGCUCCCUGUUUUCCCCAAGGCGCAACAGCAGAACGAGCAUUUUCAGCUUCAGAGGUCGAGCAAAAGAUAUAGGAUCAGAAAAUGACUUCGCUGAUGAUGAGCACAGCACUCUUGAAGACAACGAGAGCAGAAGAGAGUCUUUCUUUGGUCCAAACAGACAUGGUGAAAGACGCAACAGUAACAUUAGUGAAGCCAGUACGUCAUCCAGGAUGGUACCAGCGCUUCCACCAAAUGGGAAGAUGCACAGCACUGUAGAUUGCAAUGGGGUGGUUUCUUUGGUUGGAGGACCUUCAGCUCUCAAUUCGCCUACUGGACAACUUCUCCCAGAGGGCACCACUACAGAAACAGAAAUAAGAAAAAGAAGAUUGAGUUCUUAUCAAAUUUCCAUGGAAAUGUUGGAAGAUUCUGCUGCAAGACAAAGAGCAAUGAGUAUAGCCAGCAUACUCACAAACACAAUGGAAGAACUUGAAGAAUCCAGACAAAAAUGUCCACCAUGCUGGUACAGAUUUGCAAACACUUUCUUGAUCUGGGACUGCUGGAGCCCAUGGUUAAAAGUAAAACAUAUAGUCAAUUUGGUUGUGAUGGAUCCAUUUGUUGAUCUUGCUAUUACUAUCUGCAUUGUUCUAAACACAUUGUUUAUGGCCAUGGAACACUACCCAAUGACAGAACAGUUCAGCAGUGUGCUUACUGUGGGAAACCUGGUAUUUACUGGGAUCUUCACAGCAGAAAUGGUUUUAAAGAUAAUUGCCAUGGAUCCUUAUUAUUAUUUCCAAGAAGGCUGGAAUAUUUUUGACGGUAUUAUUGUCAGCCUUAGUUUAAUGGAACUUGGUCUUGCAAAUGUUGAAGGAUUAUCAGUUCUCCGAUCAUUCAGAUUGCUCCGAGUUUUCAAGUUGGCAAAAUCUUGGCCAACACUGAAUAUGCUGAUAAAGAUUAUUGGUAACUCAGUGGGGGCUUUGGGAAAUUUGACAUUGGUGCUGGCUAUCAUUGUCUUCAUUUUCGCUGUGGUUGGUAUGCAGCUGUUUGGUAAAAGUUACAAAGACUGUGUCUGCAAGAUUGCUACAGACUGCGUACUUCCACGCUGGCACAUGCAUGACUUUUUCCACUCUUUCUUGAUUGUAUUCCGAGUGUUGUGUGGAGAAUGGAUAGAGACUAUGUGGGACUGUAUGGAGGUUGCCGGCCAAGCCAUGUGCCUUAUUGUUUUCAUGCUGGUCAUGGUCAUUGGAAACCUUGUGGUAUUGAAUCUGUUUCUGGCCUUGCUACUGAGUUCAUUUAGUUCAGAUAACCUUGCUGCUACAGAUGAUGAUAAUGAAACGAACAAUCUCCAGAUUGCCGUUGCAAGGAUUCAGAAGGGAAUAGAUUAUGUGAAAAAAAAAUUACGGGAAUUCGUCCAAAAAGCCUUUGUUAGAAAGCAAAAAGCACUAGAGGAAAUCAAAGCACUUGAAGAUCUAAACAACAAGAAAGACAGCUGCAUUUCCAACCAUACUGUUGUUGAAAUAAGCAAAGAUCUUAAUUGUCUUAGAGAUGGGAAUGGAACUACCAGUGGUGUAGGAACAGGCAGCAGUGUGGAAAAAUACAUAAUUGAUGAAAAUGAUUAUAUGUCAUUCAUAAACAAUCCGGGCCUUACUGUGACAGUACCUAUUGCUAUUGGAGAAUCAGAUUUUGAAAAUUUAAACACAGAAGAGUUUAGCAGUGAGUCGGAUAUGGAAGAAAGCAAAGAGAAGCUAAAUGCACCCAGCUCAUCUGAAGGCAGCACAGUUGAUAUUGCCCCUCCUGGAGAGGGUGAACAAGCUGAGAUUGAACCUGAAGAAGCUCUUGAACCAAUAGCCUGUUUUACAGAAGGUUGUGUGCAGAAGUUCACAUGUUGUCAAGUAAGUAUAGAAGAUGGCAAAGGCAAAAUCUGGUGGAAUCUUCGGAAAACCUGCUACAGCAUAGUUGAACACAACUGGUUUGAGACAUUCAUUGUCUUCAUGAUUCUUCUGAGCAGUGGCGCUCUGGCUUUUGAAGACAUAUAUAUAGAGCAGCGCAAGACUAUCAAGACCAUGCUGGAAUAUGCUGACAAGGUUUUCACAUACAUCUUCAUUCUGGAAAUGCUUUUGAAAUGGGUUGCCUAUGGUUUUCAAAUGUAUUUCACUAAUGCCUGGUGCUGGCUGGACUUCUUGAUUGUUGAUGUGUCGUUGGUUAGUCUAAUAGCCAAUGCCUUGGGCUAUUCCGAACUUGGUGCCAUUAAAUCGCUUAGGACACUAAGAGCUUUGAGACCUCUAAGAGCCUUGUCACGAUUUGAAGGGAUGAGGGUGGUUGUUAAUGCCCUGAUAGGAGCAAUUCCAUCCAUCAUGAAUGUGCUACUGGUUUGUCUGAUAUUUUGGCUAAUCUUCAGCAUCAUGGGAGUAAAUCUGUUUGCUGGCAAGUUCUACCACUGUGUUAACACAACAACUGGUGAGAUGUUUGAUAUCAGCGAUGUUGACAAUUAUACUCAGUGCGAGGACCUCAUAAAAAAGAAUGAAAGUGCCCGAUGGAAAAAUGUGAAAGUAAACUUCGAUAAUGUAGGCGCUGGGUAUCUUGCACUGCUUCAAGUAGCUACAUUUAAAGGAUGGAUGGAUAUUAUGUAUGCAGCUGUUGAUUCACGAGAUCUAUUAGAUCAGCCUAAGUAUGAGGACAACCUGUACAUGUAUCUUUACUUUGUCAUCUUUAUCAUCUUUGGAUCAUUCUUCACCUUGAACCUUUUCAUUGGUGUCAUCAUAGACAACUUCAAUCAACAAAAAAAGAAGUUUGGAGGUCAAGACAUAUUUAUGACAGAAGAACAGAAGAAAUAUUACAAUGCAAUGAAAAAACUGGGGUCCAAGAAACCACAAAAACCUAUACCUAGGCCAGCGAACAAAUUCCAAGGCAUGGUCUUUGAUUUUGUAACAAAACAAGUAUUUGACAUCAGCAUCAUGAUUCUUAUCUGCCUUAACAUGGUCACCAUGAUGAUAGAAACAGAUGACCAGAGUGAUGAGAUGGAAACUAUUUUACACAGGAUAAACCUGGUAUUCAUUGUCCUUUUCACUGGAGAAUGUGUCCUGAAAUUGAUUUCACUCCGUUAUUACUACUUCACCAUAGGCUGGAACAUUUUUGAUUUUGUGGUUGUCAUUCUCUCCAUUGUGGGUAUGUUUCUAGCUAAGGUGAUUGAAAAAUAUUUUGUGUCCCCCACCUUGUUCAGAGUUAUCCGACUCGCCAGAAUUGGCCGAAUCCUACGUCUCAUUAAGGGUGCUAAAGGGAUCCGUACUUUGCUUUUUGCUUUGAUGAUGUCUCUUCCUGCUUUGUUUAACAUUGGUCUCCUGCUUUUCCUGGUCAUGUUUAUCUAUGCUAUAUUUGGAAUGUCCAACUUUGCCUACGUUAAGAGGGAAGUUGGGAUUGAUGACAUGUUCAACUUUGAAACUUUUGGCAACAGCAUGAUCUGCCUAUUUCAGAUUACCACAUCAGCUGGUUGGGAUGGUUUGUUAGCACCAAUUCUUAACAGUGGAGAACCAGACUGUGACCCUUACAAAGAUCACCCCGGAAGCUUGGUUAAAGGAGACUGUGGUAACCCUUCAGUUGGGAUUUUCUUUUUUGUCAGUUAUAUUAUCAUCUCAUUUCUAGUUGUAGUAAACAUGUAUAUUGCUGUUAUUUUGGAGAACUUCAGUGUUGCUACAGAAGAAAGUGCUGAGCCCUUGAGUGAGGAUGACUUUGAGAUGUUCUAUGAGGUUUGGGAAAAGUUUGAUCCAGAUGCAACCCAGUUCAUAGAAUACAGUAAACUGUCUGAUUUUGCAGCUUCACUGGAUCCUCCUCUUCUUAUAGCAAAACCAAACAAAGUUCAGCUUAUUGCAAUGGAUCUGCCCAUGGUAAGUGGUGACAGAAUUCACUGUCUUGACAUCUUGUUUGCUUUUACAAAGCGUGUUUUGGGGGAAAGUGAUGAGAUGGAUGCACUUCGAAUACAGAUGGAAGACCGGUUUAUGGCAGCCAAUCCGUCUAAAGUCUCCUAUGAGCCAAUUACAACUACAUUAAAAAGAAAACAAGAGGAGGUAUCUGCUACUGUUAUUCAGCGUGCUUACAGAUGUUACAUUUUAAAGCAAAAAGUUAAAAAAGUCUCCUGUAUGUAUAACAAAGAUAAAACCCAAGGGGAUGGCCUGCCUGUCAAAGAUAUGAUUAUUGAUAAACUCAAUGAAAAUUCCACUCCAGAGAAAACAUAUGAGAGCUCCUCUACAACCUCCCCACCUUCCUAUGAUAGUGUUACAAAACCAGACAAAGAGAAAUAUGAAAAAGAUAAAGUAGAAAAAGACUAUAAAGGUGAAAAUGUUAGGGAAAGUAAAAAAUAAAAAACUAAGAAUUCU